GAAAACGUCCGCGUUAACAGGCAGCUUUUGAAAACGCGCUUCAUUUGCGUCACGGCUCGGUUGUUCGUUUGCUCUCCAGCGACUGGCCUCAUACUGAUAACGCAUGACGUGGGACAAAGGUGACAAGACAUCAUGAUCGGAUAAUUUUAUUUGGUCCAGCGAAUAAAACGGUGGCACCGAAGGGCGAGUGGUGUAAUACUAAAUACGUGAAAGUUAUUCUCUUCAAUACAUUUGAACGUAUUUUAACACAUGCGGUCAAUCUGUCGUAAAACGUGCAUUACAGCAUGUCUGAAUUAACUUUUCAAAUGAACAGGAGCGUCUUGUAAACUACAGUAAGCCGGACAAAUUAGUGGUGUGUUUAUUUUUCUUUACAGCUGGAUCUCUGCUCGUUUCCACCCAUACUUUUGUGUAUUUGGUUUUUUUUGUGUUUUGUCAUCAGUCAUGGUCCAAUCACCUCUUACUGUUUGCUAAAUACAAGGGCACCCCCUCAUUUAUUACCUACCCUCACACAGGUGUAGAGCUCAGUCCAGUCUGGAGAUGACGGCACGAGCUCCGCGCCUCUGCCUCCUCGCUCUCCUGCUGCUAAGAUGCGUCACCCCGCUGGCGAUCCCGCAGGACGGUUUGGGCGCGACGAAAAUGGCCAGGCAGAAGCUGGAUCGUCUCUUCUAUCUUAAGGAUAUCCCCAGACCAGCGGUGGCUCCUCAGAAGAAGGCUCCUCAGUUCAUGCUGGAUCUUUUUAACGUGGUUUCUGUCACGGAUGGGACCCCGAAAAGCCAGACGGACAUUCUGGAAGGAAACACGGUGCGGAGUUUCAGCGAUAAAGGACAACCUGGAGAGAGUUUUCACUUCUUCAACUUGUCAUCUUUCGGCAGAGAUGAGAGAAUGAUCAAAGCGCAGUUCCGCUGGUUCCGAAAGAAAAGGAAGUUUUAUCCCGGAAGCUUUCACACGCCUCAUUUCUACAAAGUGGCUCUGUAUGAGGUGCUGGAGAACCUUGUGAAGCCAUGGCGAGGAAAUCUCAUCACCUCCAGAUUGGUUCCACUAUACACACAAGGAUGGGAAGUCUUCAAUGUCACUCAAAUAGUAUCCAAGUGGAUCCAGAACAGUCAGGAGGACAACGGCAUCCUGGUGGUGACUACACUUCCUGCCGGUAACUGGAUGGAGUCGGUGUUGCAUUCAUCUAAACAGAAUGUAGAGCUGACAGACACAAGCGCCUACCUGGUCAUAUUCUCACACGACAAACAGACAGGAGCAUCAAACCAGUCAUACUUUGGACAAGCCCAACCUGAACCGGCUGCCCCCGAGCACCGCAGCAGAAGGCCUCGUGCAUCUUCCAGUGUCAUGCCCCUCGACAGCUCCCAGCACUGCCAGCGCAUUUCUCUGUUUGUUGACUUCGAGGAGAUCGGCUGGUCAGGCUGGAUCAUCUCUCCCCGUGGAUACAAUGCCUAUCACUGUACGGGCUCCUGUCCGUUCCCGCUGGGGGUAGGCAUCAGGGCGACCAACCACGCCACAGUGCGUUCUAUCAUGCACGCACUCAAGGUUACUAGCGAUGAGGUGGAAGCGCCCUGCUGCGUGCCGGACACGCUCCAGUCUAUGAGUCUGUUGUAUUUUGACGAUGAGGAGAAUGUGGUUUUAAAGCAGUAUGACGACAUGAUGGCGUUAAGCUGUGGUUGUCAUUAGCUGCCUGUGAGUCUCCUGGAUUCUUUAACACUGGUCAACACAUGGGCAUGAAACAGUGAGGGUUAAGUUCCUGUGUUUUUGAUGGUAUUCACUGAGGUACUGAAAGAGCUAUUUCAUAGCUACUCGUCGCUAAUCCUUUGACGAUGCAAGUCCAAUGGCCUGUUGUUGUUCUCCAUUUUUUUUAAAAUAUUGUUUAUAUAGUUUAUAUUGUGGCCCAAAGGCCCACUUCAGGUUCUUCUUCUGGAGUGUAAUUUGAAUGUUUCUGUGACACUGAUAUGUCCAUGGUGCUGAGCCAGCCCAUGUGGUCCGUCCUACAAAAUCAUUACUUUUUAUUUGGAAUUAAAUUUUUAUUGUCUCUCAGCGGACUGUGGUAGCUGCCACUAAAAUGCUCAAAAAUUACAAUUAAAGGUGAUGUUUUCAAGUAUUCAUUGUUUUAGUUCAGGAGCACAUCAAAUUAAAACUAUUUUUACAUUUAAGCAAAGAACUACUCCAACAUUUUAAAGUAACUUAAUUUUUUAAUUGGCUAUUUAAAAAAACACAUUUGGAUAAACUGAUUGAAAAUGAUUUCCAGGGACUAUUAUUUAUUAAGUACCACAUAUCAAUGUUUUACAAGGGGAUUUGGACUGAGUAAUGAGUCAGUGUCAAAAGUUUUUUAUAUAUAUAUAUAUAUCUCUUUUAAAAACACAAAUACAAAAAUUUAAAAAGUGUGAUGUACAAAAAAAGCUCUGGAUGUUGAUUUCAAGGCCAAAAAAAAAGUAAUAUGCAAGUUGUUACAACCUGAUUCUGUAAUGUAAGAAACAAUGUUACAUGUUUGUGUUUUAUUAAAAGCAGGGGGGCUAUGCUGAAUGAACUGGGGGGAAUUAAAAGACCCUGCAUUGUGUUUUCAAGUUCUUAUGGUAUUAUAUUAUAUUAGAGCACAUAGGAAAGAAAAGAAGCACAUCAGUGCCCAGAAACAUUCUUGCUAUUGUUCGGUGUCUUAGCAUAAAUUGGUCAGCAGGUAUGUAGGACAGAGGUGAAGCUGGAAGCUGCUAAUGUGCUUAAAAAGAAUACAAACUAAUAUUUGAUGCUGUAUUUAAUAAAACAGUUUUAAAGACAACUGCAGUGGUUUUAAAUAAAAAUUAUUUAAAUUUGCUUUUUGUAAAUUCCAGUGUUUUAGAAACAGUCUACUUAAACUGUCAACAUAAAAACACUUGAUUGCACUGUAUCUCCAUACAUUUGUGUAUUGUGUUAAAGGGAGUCUACAGAAGCUUGUUUCUGCCACUGGAAUAAAAAAAAAUGUCAUGCGUAACCUGUAAAUGUUGAGCUAGGUAUCUCGAGAUUUUGAGUAUAUAAGUUGAAAUUUUGAGAAAAUAACUCAAAAUUCCGAGUUUGCUCUGCCAAUCAGAAAACUCUGUAAACGAUGUCACCUGCUUCUGGGUGACAAGGAAAUGACUUCAAAUCCUUCAAAGAUCUUCCCAAGUGGCAGAGGCAACUC